GCCAAUUCAGUUUAUACAUUGAUCAGAUGGGAAAAUGGGACCACCGCCCCAAUCGCAAUCGGAAAUUCUUCCAUCAAGAAAAGCUUCCAAGCCCAACCCCUCUUCCUUUUCACCCUCAACCUCCUUCCCUUUCAGAGUUUAGGCGGGAUGGUAUACCGCAGUGGGAAAAGGAAUAUUGCACUUUGAUCGGGUCCAUACCAUGGUGGAAGAUAGUAGAAGCUAAGAAUCAGAUGUAUAGUAGUAGUAAUGUACUCAAUUGGGACGACUCAGCUGGUGAGGAGGCAUUUCAAAAUGCAAAAAGCUGCUUUUGGGCAGACAUCAAUAGCCUCCAGUGUGAUAUCUCUCUGCCUGCUCCAGAUAUCUAUAUUGAUGAAAUAGAUUGGAACCCUGUCAUUGAUCCUGAUAUCAUGAAGGAAGUGGAUCGUGAAUACUUUUGUCCUGAUGAUGAAGGAAAUGACGAGUUGGGGCAGAAAAAGAGGAAGACAGAACAUUCAUCUAUGGUUCCUUUAGAUGGAAAGAACUGUCUUCCAGAUACCCUAACAAAUCCUUGGGAAUGUGACAAUAUGCAGAGUUGUGGGAAUUCACAGACUCAAGUACAGGGCUGGAACCAGGGGAAUAAACAUAUUAGUUUGGUUAAUGGUGAUGACAACCCCUGGGAACGUGGCAUUACUCAGAGCAAUGAAAGAAGGGAAAAUCCUGCAUGGGAAGAUAAUAGGGAUAACUCAUGGAGAUCGAGCCAGAUGGGAAAAAGCAGUCUCACAAAGAAUUGGGAUGAUGGUGGCAAUCCUUGGGCACGUGACUCUCCGAGUGUUACCCAUGCGAAAGAUUGUAAUGGUUGGGCUAAUCCCUUAAAUAAGUCUUGGGGCUCCAACCAGCUGGAGACAAAGAAUUCAUAUAAUGGUAAAAAUCCUUGGGUGUGUGAUCCUAGUCAAUCUAAUGAAGCUUCAAUGAACGAUCGAGGAUGGAGAGAUGGUGGAGGAGAGGAGCGGCAUUGGAAACGGUGCCAGAGAAAUAACUUGGAUUGUAGGAUAAAGAGUAACGGUCGGGGAGCUAGGAAUGACGGUGGCCAGAAGAGGGGCCAUUCUCACCAAUAUAUUGCAGGGUAUCAAAACUCAAGACUCGAAGGGGGCGAUUGUCAAACAGGUGGAUACUGGAGGAGAGAAAACAACAGGAAGAGGUUCAGCUGA